GAACUGUCCCAACCGGCGCCGCGUGAUGACGUAGAGCGGGUAUUUCGCUGGUUUAAAAUCAACUUCUUUUGUGUCUUUGACGCGUUUCUGUGACGGAACGAGCGACGGGACAGCAUGUCCUCAGCGGGGACAAGGACAGCAUGGACCGGGACCAGCUGGAGCUCCACCCGAGGGUCAUAGCAGCCGCCAGGAGAGCUCAGCUCAAGUCCUUCAGGGAGGUGUUGUGUGUUUCCAGUCCAGACCUGCAGAGACUCACUGGUCUGUCUGGCUCAGACGUCCAGCAGCUGCUCACCACUGCUGCCACUACCUGCAGACGCCAUCCCCCAGUCCCAGCCCUUCUGCUCCAUUGCAGGAUCGAGACCAGCCUCAGACUCAGUGUUGGAUGUCCUGUACUGGACGAGCUGCUGAGGGGGGGUCUACCUGUGGGGGGGGUGAUCGAGCUGUCAGGAGAGAGCGGAGCAGGGAAGACCCAGCUGGCUCUGCAGCUCUGUCUGUCUGUCCAGUACCCCACACAGUACAGAGGGCUGGAUUCAGGAGCGGUGUACAUAUGCACUGAGGACUCGUUUCCUAUCAGACGUCUGCAGCAGCUGAUCAGACAUCAGUCCGGUCUGCGCUCUGACGUCCCUCUGUCACUGAUCAGCAGCCUCCAGUUCAGCGAUCACGUCUACAUCGAGCACGCUGCCGACCUGGACUCGUUGCAGGUGUGUCUGUCUCGUCGUGUGCCCCUGCUGCUGGCGCGAGGUCUGGUUCGGCUCCUGGUGGUGGACUCGGUGGCGGCUCUGUUCAGGUCUGAGUUCCAGGCUGCUGAUUGGCUGGAGAGGACUAAACAGCUCAUCACUUUGUCCUCCACACUGCAUCACCUGAGUCUGGAGUUCACCACACCUGUCCUGUGUAUCAAUCAGGUGACGGAUGUUUUCAGCAGCUCAGGCGACAGUAUGGGCCCACUGUCCUCCAGCGUGUCCCCGGCUCUGGGAUUGGCCUGGGCCAAUCAGGUGAUGGUCCGGCUCAUGAUGCGGCGUCUCCAGAGGACGGUUAUCCACGGCGACCAGAGCAGCGCCCUCCGCAGGCUGGAAGUGGUGUUUGCCCCUCACCUGCCCAGAAGCGGGCGAGAUGCCGGAGUGUGGAGGGAGGGGGUCCGAGGAGCGACGGGGGAGGGGGUCCGGCUCGGACAGAUGAGCCUCACUUCUGUUUGAAUGAAUGAAACAGAUGGAUGAUGAUGAUGUCAGUAAAGUUUAUGAAGACGAUGAUGUCACUAAAGUUUGAAGACGAUGUCACUAAAGAUUAUGAAGACAAUAUCACUGUUUAUGAAGACGAUGAUGUCACUAAUGUUUGUGAAGAGUCACUAAAGUUUAUGAAGACGAUAUCACUAAAGUUUAAGAUGAUGACGUCACUACAGUUUAAGACGAUGAUGUCACUAAAGUUAAUGAAGAUGAUGAUGUCACUAAUGUUUAUGAAGACGAUGAUGUACGCUGCACCACUGAACCACCUAGUGGGCAAAAAUGUGCCUUUCAAAUGGGAUGCAGAGUGUGAAACAGCCUUGGUGUUUUUCAAGCAGGUGCUAACCUCCGCUCCUGUGGUGACAUUACUCAAGUUUGCACGCCCAUUCAAGAUAUACACGGAUGCUUCCAAAGACGCGGUUGGUGCAGUGCUGGCUUAAUAGGUGGAGGGAACGAGCAGAGGGCUCCCAUGGGAGGGUCCCAGUUUAGUCAUCCUUUACAGCGGGUGGCUGCAGAUAUCCUCGAGCUGCCUGUAACUUCAUGGAGGAACAGAUAUAUAUUGGUGGUGAAGGAUUAUUUCACCAAAUUUGUUAACCUGUAUGCGCUGCCCAAUUAGACUGCUCACGCAGUGGCUCGCUGCCUGUUCGAUAACUGCAUGGGAUCCCUGAGGUCCUGCACAGCGACCAAGGCCGACAAUUUGAGGCAGAGGUGAUUCAGAGUCGGUGCAAGUUGUUAAAAAGACACACCACUGCCUACAACCCCAAAUCAGACGGUAUGGUGGAGCGUUAUAACCGGACUCUGAUCGAUCAGCUGGCGAAGACGCUGCUUUCACAUGGAGGUGAAUGGAUGAUUAUGUGAAGCAGGUGGCAUUUGCCUACAACACAUCCAGACAUGCUAGCAUGCGUUUUACCCCAUUCUUCCUCAUGCCCGGACGCAAGGCACGAGUUCCAGCUGAUGUUCUUAUUUCUAACUGGAUUGAUAUUUCUCAAGGCUCUGGAGUCCUGCCGGAGUAUGUGCCAUCCCUGGUGGGGAGGCUGAAUAGAGCCUUCAGUGCAGCGAGGCUUCAUGCUACAGAAGAUCAUGAGAGACAGAAACUGUAUCAUGAUGAGGACGUUUGCCAUCGUCCUUAUGGAGAGGGCGCAUUCACUGGAAGGGCCCCUACAGGGUCGAGCAGGCGCUGGCUUCAGGCCCUGACAUACCGGAUUGAAACGGUACACUCAGCUCCUACCAUCACUGGCUGUCGCAUCACCCUCCCCCCGUCUUCUCCUGAAGUGGGGGCUUCUCGGCCUCCCUGGGGGGGGGGUCAUGUGGCGCGUUUCCCAUUGCACCUUCAACAAUAUGUUAUGUUUUGACUGUUGGGUUGCCACCCAGGAUGUUGGUCCUUGUGUAAGCCGUUAUAUUUGUUCUGAAGCUAUUGGUUCUAUUGUUUGGUUUAUCCUGUUUGCUAUGUUCAUUUGUUGUUUUCUCUCUCAAUGAUUUGAGAUUUUGUGUUAAUUUCUUUGCUGUUACAAAAAGGGGACGUAUGUAACAGACUGUCUCAUGUGUUUUCUAUUGGA